CUGUUCGCGACGGCGCGCGCAUUGGUAUCCAUAAACGUCAACGAAUCCGAUAGCUUUUCGGGGUCAUACGUAUAAGCGGCUCGUUUCGACUCUUCCGAGACACAUACCGGAUCGACUAUAUCUAUCUCCAAAUUGAAAAAGCACCUAUGUGUGUUUCUUUACAACCUACCCGUACCUGAUUGACACGACUUCACCCCGCAAAGCGCAACUCUCAAAAUGGGGAAACUCAUCCGCCUCGAGCUCUUCAACUUCAAGUCCUACAAGGGCCAUCAUACCCUUCUGUUCGGCGACUCAUACUUCACCUCCAUCAUUGGGCCCAAUGGAUCCGGAAAAUCAAAUUCCAUGGACGCGAUCUCCUUCGUUUUAGGAAUCAAGUCAUCUCAUCUUCGUUCAACGCACCUCAGAGACCUCGUGUACCGUGGUCGCGUCCUUAAGACCUCGAAAAUCAACGAUGACGGAUCAGCGGAUGCGCCGGCAGCAAAUGGCGACGCAAAUGGAGAUGCGAAUUCCGAUGGCGAGGGUGCGGACCUACAGAGAUCCGAGCGCAAUGAUCCGAAGAGCGCAUGGGUUAUGGCGGUCUACGAGGAUGAUGCUGGAGAUGAACUGAAAUGGAAGCGCACAAUCACAAACCAGGGGGCUAGCGAAUACAGAAUCAACAACAAGGUCGUCACGGCCCAGCAAUAUAAUGAAGCCCUCGAAGCGGAAAAUAUUCUCAUCAAGGCACGGAAUUUCUUGGUCUUCCAAGGUGAUGUUGAAGCCAUCGCGUCGCAAUCUCCGAAAGACCUUACCCGCCUGAUCGAGCAGAUCUCUGGAAGUUUGGAACACAAAGCUGAAUACGAACGUCUGGAAACUGAGGCUCAAGAGGCGGCAGAAAACCAGAACAACAGCUUACAGCGUCGCCGAGGCAUCAAUUCCGAGAUUAAACAAUAUCAGGACCAAAAGAAGGAGGCGGAUAACUUCCAGGCCAAGGCGGACGAACGUGACGACGCGAUUGUCAAGCAUAUUCUGUGGAAAUUAUACCACUUUCAAAAGGUCAUCGACGAAUCGUCGGAGGAGAUCGCAAAACAUCAGGAGGAGCUAAAGAAGUUCCGCUAUGGAAUAAGGAAAUACGAAGCUGAACUUGAUGAGGCGCGGAAAGAGCAUGCUCGCACACAGAAGGAAGUGGGUAAGGUUGAACGUGGCAUCAAAAGCAAGGAGAGGGAUGUCGAGCACAAGAUGAACAGUCUCGUCCCCAUCGAUGAAAAGGUAGAGCACGUCCAAAGGGAGACGGCGAAAGUUGAGAAGCGCAUUAGCGACCUUACGAAAGAGCGUGACAGCCAACUUGCUGGAAUACAGAGUGCCAAGAAGGAGCUUGCACUUGUGGACAAAGCGCACAAACUGUUCGAGACACAGUGGAAAGAGCAGAUGAAGAAACAGGGCAAGGAACUCAGCGCGGAUGAUUUGAAGGAGUACAACAAGCUCAAGGCCCAGGUCAUCAACCAGUCGUCAACAAAUCAAGCUAAAUUGGACAACCUAUUGAGGCAGCUGAAGACCGAUGAGAUUACUGUCAAUUCACUGAAGAGCAAGGUGCAAUCAUCGCAAUCGCAGGUGGAGAAACUCGGUCAGGAAGCUAGCCAAAUCACUGAGAGAAGGGAUGCUAUGAAGGUUUCGAUGAAGCAGAUCACGAAAGACAUCGACGGCAAGAAAAAGGAGUACAAUGUUCUGCAGUCCGAACGUCUACGUGUCAACCAGAAGCGCACAGAAAUCGAAGAGAAGAUUGAGGAUAUCGUCAAGAAACUCGACUUUGCGAAUGAUGGGAGGCGCCAGAACGACAGGGAGGCCAGAACGAAGGAGAUCGUGACGGCGCUGAAGCGCAUAUACCCUGGUGUUCGUGGCCGAAUCGGUGAACUCUGUAAGCCAAAGCAGAAGAAAUUCGACGAAGCAGUCAUCACUGCCUUGGGCCGCGAUUUCGAUUCUGUGGUCGUUGAUACCGAGAAGACCGGAACUGAAUGCGUUCAGUAUCUGAAAGAUCAGCGCCGCGCCCCAAUGACGUUCAUCCCCUUGGACAACAUCAAGGUUAAUGCGGUUAACUCUAACUUGAAGGGACUCUCAAAGGCACGCCUGACAAUUGACACCAUUGACUUUGAUUCUACGCUUGAACGAGCCAUGUCAUAUGCUUGUGGUAACUCGAUCGUGUGUGACGACCUUGCCACAGCCAAGCAAAUUUGCUACGACAAGGGCAUGCAAGUGAAGGCUGUAACACUGGAAGGUUUCGUCAUUCACAAGGCUGGUUUGAUGACUGGUGGUCGUGGCGCCGAGGGCAAGGGCGGCAAACGUCGCUUCGAAGAACAAGAUGUUCAAAAUCUCGAGAAGAUGCUCGAGAAGAUGAAGACGGAGCUGGAUAGUCUGCCCAAGGCGAAUCGCAGAGGUGCCGCUGAAGAGACUCUGCAAAGUGAUCUGUCAGGCCUUGAGCAAAGGCUGGCAUACACCAAGAGUGAACUCGCUGCAUUUGAGCAAAACCUUGCAAGCAAGAAGAAGGAGCUUGAUUAUGAGAAGCGACAGCUCAGUGAUAUUCAACCGAAGUAUAAAGAGCAAGCUGGGUCCUUGCAGACUCUCCAGGAGUCUGUCCAGAACUUCAAGGAUGCAGUCUCCAAGGUUGAGGACAAGGUGUUUGCUGGGUUCUGUCAGAGACUUGGUUACGAUAACAUUCGUGACUACGAAGUCCAGCAGGGCACAUUGGAACAAGAAGCUGCUCAAAAGCGGAACGACUUCGAACUUCAGAAGCAGAAGCUCACGAGCCGAUUGACUUGGGAGACGUCUCGUGUCGAUGACACUAAGGCUCGCCUCAAGCGCCUUGAAGACCAGACAUUCUCCCUUUCUCAGGACAUUGACACGUACAAUUCCUCAAAGGAAAAGCUGGAAGAAUCACUUGAUGUCGACAAUGCCGAAAUCGAGGUCUUGAAAGAGCAAUUGACGGAGGCAAAGCAGAAGUCCUCCAAAAAGAACGAAAAGGUCGUCCAAGCCCGCGACGAACUGCAGAAGCGAAGCAAGAAUGUGGACACUGUGCAGAGGGCUAUUUCCAGCUUGGAGAGCGAAGCCCAACGUGCCGCGGCCGGUCGCUACGCGCAGCUUCGUCGCUGUAAGCUCGAGCAGAUUCGGAUCCCAUUAGCCGACGGGUCUAGCGACCUGGAAAGCCUUCCUGUCGAUAACAUGCCUGAUGUCGACCCCGAUGCAAUGGACGUUGACGAGGGUGACGCAGUCGACCCGGUGCUGAUCAACGAUGGCAUCCAGAUCGACUUUGACGAACUGGACGAGGACCUCACCGAAUCAGGAGAAGAGCACAUCGAAGAGACGCUCCUCUCGCAGAUCGCAGCCCUCAACGCCGCUCUCGAGAAGCUCAACCCCAACAUGCGCGCUAUCGACCGUCUCGAAGCUGUCGAAGCACGCCUCAAGACUACAGAGCAGGACUACGAAGACGCGCGCAAGGCAGCUCGCGACUCUCGAGACGCGUUCUUGGAGGUGAAGGAGAAGCGCUUUAAUCUCUUCAACAAGGCCUUCUCCCACAUCUCGGAGCAGAUCAGUCACGUCUACAAGGACCUCACGCGCUCGGCGGCGUACCCGCUGGGCGGGCAAGCCUACCUCGAUAUCGAAGACUCGGAUGCGCCGUACCUCUCCGGUAUCAAGUACCACGCCAUGCCGCCGCUCAAGCGUUUCCGUGACAUGGAGCAUCUCUCCGGUGGUGAGAAGACUAUGGCGGCGCUGGCUCUCCUCUUCGCGGUCCACUCGUAUCAGCCGAGUCCGUUCUUCGUGCUGGACGAGGUGGAUGCUGCGCUGGACAAUGCGAAUGUGGAGAAGAUCCGGAAUUACAUCCGUGAGCAUGCCAAUCCGGGGAUGCAGUUUAUUGUGAUUAGUUUGAAGACGGGCUUGUUCCAGGGGAGUGAGAGCUUGGUGGGGGUUUACAGGGACCAGGAUGCUAAUUCGAGUAAUACGCUGACGCUUGAUUUGCGUAAAUACCAGUAGUGUAAAUCGUUGCUUCGAUGACAAGGGGGAGAAAUGGGAUGGCGUUAAAUGGCUUGUGCUGGGUUCGCAUAUAACUUUGCUAUAUUUUUUGCUGCACACGGCAGAAGCGUACUUGUAUUUAAUCAUGGCUAGAUGAUGAGACCAUGAAAGUCCUAGAUACAUAUAUCCACACCAUGAUCUGCUCGGCGUUAGGCUGGUUUGAAUAUCAUAAAAAGUUCGCACA